UGGGUACUAAAAUCAUUUCGCUUAAAGAUGGAUGGUACCAUGAGCAGAACAGCAGCUGCCUGAGCGUACUACUCUUCAAUUCUCUAAGCACCGGUUCCACUUCCUUGUAGAGAGUAAACAUGGAGAACCGCCCCAUCCAAAUCCCUCGACUGGAACUUGGCCGUCAGGGACUGGAGAUCGAGUGUCAACGGAGAGAUCACUGGAAAAAAGCAAGAAAAAGCAAUUUGAUCAUUACGAGACUGGAAAAAGUUUCUAGAUUGGGCUUCGGGUGCUAUGGACUAUCCGGAGUAUACAACAGUCCUCUUUCUCAUGAAGCUGGACGUGCAGUUAUUCAGGAAGCAUUCGAUAGGGGCAUCACCUUCUUUGAUACGUCCGAUCUCUAUGGGCGUAAUCAUGAUAAUGAAAUCAUGGUUGGCAAGGCUUUGAAACAGCUUCCUCGAGAAAAAAUUCAACUGGCUACUAAAUUUGGCUUGGUCAAGUUAGACUGGGAUGGACAUGGUCAAUAUGUUGCUAGGGGCAGCCCUGAAUACGUCCGGUCAUGCUGUGUAGCCAGUCUUAAGCGGCUUGAGGUCGACUAUAUUGAUCUUUACUAUACACAUCGCAUCGAUGUUUCAGUGCCAAUCGAGGAUACCAUGGGGGAGCUUAAGAAACUGGUGGAGGAAGGGAAGAUAAAAUAUAUUGGGUUAUCAGAAGCUAGUGCAGACACAAUAAGGAGAGCUCAUGCGGUUCAUCCCAUCACUGCAGUACAAAUGGAGUAUGCCCUUUGGACCCGUGACAUCGAAGAUGAGAUAGUUCCAGUUUGCCGCGAGCUAGGCAUUGGAAUAGUUGCAUACAGCCCUCUUGGUCAUGGUUUCUUUGCUGGAAAAGCAGUUAUUGAGCCCUUGCCCCCGGAGAGUUUAUUGCCAGCUUUCCUUCCAAGGUUCAGUAGGGAAAAUCUAGAGAAGAAUAAAAAUCUUUAUAGCAGACUUGCCAUUCUGGCUGAAAAGCAUGCCUGCACUACUGCUCAAUUAGCUUUGGCAUGGCUUCUGCAUCAGGGCGAGGACAUUUUCCCAAUCCCAGGUACGACUAAAGUUGGGAACAUUGAUGACAACAUUGGUUCCUUGUCCGUAAAGCUCUCCGAAGACGAUCUCAAAGAAAUUUGUGAGGCGGUGCCCUUUCAUGAAGUUUUUGGCGAACGAUCAGCACCUGCGCUUUCUCAAUUUUCUUGGAAAUUUGCAAAUACCCCAUCAAAAUAGAAUAUUUGCCAAUUUCUUUAUGCUUUCUCUAUGUAUUUUGGUUUGUUCAAGAACAAUAUAUGCAGCAAAAGGAACUGUCGAAAACACGUUCUAUAUAAAAACAUGGAGUUCUUUGUUGCGUA